UUUAUUGGCCAUUAUAAUUGUUCCAGCCAAAGUUAGACUUAUUCAAAAGGGGUUGCUUUCAGAAGCUCAUCUCUCUCUCUCUUUCUCUCUCAAGUCUCAACCUGCUUGCUGAUCUCAUCACUACUUACCAUCUUUUACUCCAUCCAAAAUCCUCAACAACACUCCAAAAACAAAAACAAAAACAAAAACCCACUUCCCCAAAACGAAACCAAACAAAAACAUCUUUAUUGAUCUCCUUCUCUGGAAUUCAGAUUUGUAACCAAGAAAUGUUUCCUACGCGUCCACAAUAUUGGAGAAGAAGAUUAUCAAUAAACCCACAAUCUCUUCUUCUUCUGAUACUCUGCUUCUUCUUCGUUCACCACUGCGACGCCUCGAGAUUCUCGUCAACAAGCGUUUUCUAUAGAAACCCUAAUUAUGAUCACAACAACAACACGAUGAGGAGAGGCCAUUUCUUAGGAUUCUUUCCAAGACACUUCCCUGUUCCAGCUUCUGCUCCUUCACGAAAGCACAACGACAUUGGUAUUCAAGCAUGGUUGUCUCCAUGAUCACUCGAUCUUUCUCAUAUAUACCUGCUACUAUAUCUACAAUAUAUGUAAUCCAUGCACUCAUACACAAAUUAAAAGGAGUACAAGACCAUUCAUCUGUCUCUGAUGUUUGCUUUUAACAUGAACUUAAUUAGGGUUUCAGAUGUUUGACCACUUUAAUUGUUCCUCGAUCUUUUUGUUUGCAUGUAACUUAUAUCAGAGCAGAAGUGAGAGAUAUUGUGAUUAGGUUUGGGUUUUGUUAUUCUCACUCUUUCUUCCUUUGUUAUUGUUGUUGUAUAUGUAAAUGAUCAAGUUUACGAGAUGAGAUAAUUGGAUGCAAUUAUCUCGUUACUUACUUCAUCAAUGUCUAAUUAAACUUUCUAUC